CCGUCGAGUACACAGGAAUCAUCAUCGACAACCGCGUGUUGAAUAUAACUAUCUUCGAUGGUCGGAUCGUAAUCGGCUACAAACAUCUUCUGGAAAAACUGAAUGGUGAUCGCGCUUUUACCCACACCACCGUCACCUACCACCACCAGCUUGUACGUAGGCAAUGGAUGGUUUGGGGCCUGGGUUAUGGCGCGCCGAUUGCGAGUUAACUCUUGCUGUGUCGUGUACGCGAAACUCGACGGCAGCUUGUCUGCAUAAAAUAUAAAGGAAUGAGGGGAAAAAUUCGUUUGUUUGUUAAUAAUUAGUAUUAUUAUUGAAUUACCGGUAGGCAAAUCCAGUUUACGUGAUCAAACGUACAAAAGUCACCAUUGCCAUCAUAGCAGCAGGGUAAUAGAACAAAAAUUCAAAAUCGGGUGUUGAGGGAUCACGGUAAACGAAGAGCUGUUAUGAACACCGGAGUAGUAAGCGAUCGAGUCACGUUUGAAAUUACAAUUUUACAAGUCAGAUUUACACAUGUCAUCAAGCUUGCGCAUUAACUGUGGUACGAUUUACGCUGGGCAGUGGUGUAGUCGCGUAGAAGACUGCCAGCAAUAAAAUAGCAUCGUUAAAGACAAAAAUCGUUUCUCUAGUAGUCUUAUCAGUCGUGCAUCCAAGAGUAUCCGGACGGAGUGAUAAAAGGCGAUGAACGGAUAAACGGCGUUGGCCCAUAGACCUCAGAAUGAGGUACCUAUAAAGUUUAUGGACCAACCAUAGAUAUCUUUGCGCAUGCGUAUCCCAUCCGGAAUGACCGAUAAGGAUAACCCGAUACCCUUUGAGCCCGCGUACUUAAUAAAAAUAAUAAUUUUUGAAAUUUGAAUUGUUUCACCCGUCACGUGUCCAUUAUCACUUUGAGGCUAUUGCUUUCAAUGCGUCCUUCACCAGGAAGUCCUGUUGACGACGACGACGAACGAUGACUUCCCCGACAACGGUGGUUACGGCCAACGAAAAUAUCAAAGGGUACGUGCUCCACGAAGGUCCAGCGUACUCAUUGGCUCUAAACAAUGAUCACACUCACGUCGUAGUCGCCGGUAGAAAUGGUAACGUAUUAUAAAUUAAUGCUCGGGGUGUUCCUUAUACAGGACCCAGGGCUCGUUACUGAGGAUCAACGUUGUAUCAAUCCCAGAGUUAUCACGAUCCUCAUUUUGUCAUUUUUUCAGUACUCAAAGUGUUUAUCAUCGAACAAGGCGGCUUUAAAGAGUGGGUCAACUUGCGAUGUGGCAAAACAUCCAAUGUACAAAAUUCGUCGAGCAUGGAUGUCGAUUGGAAUCCAUCUGAUGGUAAUGUCACAACAAAUGAUAAACGUUGUGUAUUGUACUGUUGUUUGGUGGACUUAUUAUUUUUCGUUUAAAAUAUUAAAUUAUUAGUUCUAUCCUGUAUUUCUAUAGACAACAUCCUGGCGACGGCCACAACUGGCGGUGCGGUGGUCACGUGGAACUUGAACAGAGCGUCUAGAAACAAACAAGAACACGUUUUCUAUGACCACAAAAGAACCGUGAACAAAGUGACAUUUCAUACAGGUGAACCUAACUUGUUGAUGUCUGGCUCUCAAGAUGGUACCAUAAAAUGUUUUGAUUUGAGAUUAAAAGAACCUGCUAAAACUUACACGAGGUACCCAUUUAAUAUUUCUACAAGUUUAGUUGCGUAGCCAGAGAGGGUUUUGUAACCCCCUUGCCUUUUUUUUUAGCUAUGUAUAAAGUUUACGUGUACAUGUUUCAUGAAAUUACACCAUGCAUAAAAUGUUAUAUUUUAGCGAUUCGGAAAGUAUCAGAGACGUCCAAUUUAGUCCGCACAAUAAUUUUGUAUUUGCUGCAGCUUCAGAAAACGGUACUAUCCAAAUAUGGGAUUCUCGAAAAGCCGAUAAAUGUCAGAGCAAGUAUUCUGCUCAUAAUGGGCCAGUAUUUUCUUGUGAUUGGCAUUCAGAACUUCAAUUGUUAGCAACUGCAAGUCGUGACAAGACAAUUAAAGUAAAUUCAUUGAGGAAAUAUUGUUGCUCUUUAUUAUUUACGACUAGAUACAAAUAAUUAAAUUAUUAUUUUUAAUUUUUUCGCUAGGUGUGGAAUGUCACAACAAACAAGCCUAUCGCUGAAUACACAAUAAGCACUACUGCCCCAGUAGGACGCAUCAAGUGGCGACCAUAUCGUAAAUAUCAUUUGGCUUCCAGUGCCUUAGUUCUAGACUCAGCUAUAAAUGUGUGGGAUGUGCGUAGACCUUACAUUCCUUAUGCAUCAUUUACUAAACACACAGAUGUGGCUACUUGUAUCGCUUGGAAAGGAGAUCCAUUUGUACUUUUGUCGACAAAUAGAGUUAUGUUAGAUCUAUUAAAUGUUUACAAAAUAUAUUUUAAUUUUAAUUUUUUUUUUUUUAAUAAAAAUUGUACCUACACAUUAAUAGGAUAGCACUUUACAUCAAAAUUUCAUGAGUGAAGCUGAUUUACCAUUGGAGCGUUCUAACCAACAUGGAAUGGUUUUCAUGAAAAACGGUGAUCUGAUGCAUUGUACUGCAGCCAAUUUAGAAAACUUAAAGUCUGAGAAUAACAAGUCCAAAGAAAAUUCUAGGUAACCUAAAUAUUUUAAUAAAAAAUACAUAGAACUAUUUAAAGUUAAAAAAAAAAACGGCAAUAUUAAUAUUGCUGUUGUAAAAAUGUGUGUAACAGAAAAACUUCGACAACAAUUAGCAGCGAAGAAGAUCUAAACACAUCGAGCAUAUUAAGAUCAUUCCAAAAUUUAAGAGAAGUCAUUGAUGAUCCAUCGCACUGUAUUGAAAUGUGCGCUCUUGAAUAUAAACUUCAAGGAAAAUCAAUAGGUGAACUCUGUGAACACAAUGCUAGUGUUGCUGCUAGUGCUGGUAGACAUACUGUAAGUUAUCUCCAAUGAUAAUUUCUAAUCACAUUAAUUUGUAUAUAAUUAUAUUGGCAUUAAAGUAUUAAUCAUCUCUAAAUGUACUUGCACACUAUUUAGGUGUAUUUAUUGUGGAAUAUACUACGAAUACUGUAUGAUCAUCGUAUGUCCCUCGUUGUCCUCAAUAAUACCAUAAUGUGUAGUUCCAAAAUUGAAAGUGGUGGUGAUGAUAGUAAUGACAGCAGUGAUGAAGAUGGUAAAAAAGAUUUGAUUUACCGAAUAGGCGAUUUUCAUUUUGGCGAUGCAGAAAUUGAUCCCUUGAGUGCCGACCUUGACCAGUAUGACUUAAUCGGAUUACCAAUGGACAGUAAAACCGUGCAAGAAGUCAUUGCAUGGUCAGUGCCCACAGGAACCAUAAACUUACGACACAAAAUCAAGAAUCAGCCUAUAAUCGAUAAUCCUUAUGUACCCAAACUAGCACUUCGUAAAAUGAGUAAAUAAAUUGAAUUAUAGUUAAUUGAUCGUCAUCAGAUAGUAUUACUUACCAGUAUUUGCUUUCUGAUGAGCAAUGUAUAAAAAAAUGCAUUAUCAUAGUUCCAAUAGUUUAAUGUUGGUUGAGUAAACUUAUUUUUGUGUUAAAAUAAAUAUGAGAAGUUUUAGUAAAUUUUCAUAGAACAAUUUUUAAAAAAUUGUCUAAUUAUAUUUAAAAACGUUAUUGGUAAUUUCGAUUUCGAUUCAAAAAUCAUUUUAAUAGACAUUAAGUACUAUUUCUCACAUUUAUUUUGGCCUAAAAAUCAAGUUCAGGAACACAUUUUUGCUAUACUACUGGUAAGAUUAAAAGAGAUGGCAAAUCGCAGGCUUAAAACUAGAAUGUUCUAUCUAUUUUAAAAUGUUACUUUUUUCUAUUUUUUAGUUUACAGAAAAUAUCUUUUAAGUUUAUUUUAAGGUUAAUAGAGAUAGUAGUGAUCAUGAUAUCUAGAAUCAUUCAGUUUUAUCUAUCCGCAGAAAUACUAUAUUUACCCUUGUACAAUAAUGUUAAAAAAUAUGAUAGGAUCUUCUGAAUUCCAGCCCAAGAAAUGCAGGUUAAUGUCCUUUUAAACUUAUUUGCAAUUGUUUUAUAGAUAAUUGUCUGACCUCUGCACCAAUACUACAAAUAACGUCACCAGCAAAAUUUGAUGGUUGGAAUCCAUCUGAAAUUGUGGUUAAUGCCCUUCGCCAUCAUGCUGACAUGGGUGACAUCCAAACAGUAGUCAGUGUAUUAUGCAUUCUAAAUGAUGAAACCAGAAGUGAAUUCACCAAUCCCAACCGUCCUUGGCACCUUACACUCCGUGAAAUAGAAAUAUGGUGGGCUAGUUAUAUAGAGUUACUGAAUAAAUUCAAAUUGUGGACCUGCUCUACAACAGUAAUUUAGUUUAAAAGAUGAAUAUAUAAUCUAAAAUCUACGAGUUACUUUAAAAUAAUAAAUAAACAAUUUAGGUCAUCCAAUGCUCACGUCUCAAUAGCAUACUACAGUUGCAUCGGACUUCCACUUCUGUGUAUUUGAGUUGUGGAUUGUGUUUCAAAGGAUUGAAUCGAAACAGUCGACACUGUUACAGUUGUCGCCAAUCUGAAUGUGCACGGUGUGCUUUGUGUCAAAGGAUCGUAAAAGGAAUGUUCGCUUGGUGUCGAGGUUGUGCCCACGGUGGCCACAUUAAUCAUAUGAAGCAAUGGUUUAUGGAAAAUAAAUAUUGUCCGACAGGCUGUGGUCAUAAGUGUGAAUAUCAAAAUAUCCAAGUACCUAAUAUGUAAGUGUUAUUUUUCUGAUUGUGCUAUAUAGCACUGUAUAUAUAUUAUAUAUAUUCUUAAAUAUAUUUUUUUUAAAAUAUUAAUGUACCUAGUGAUACUACACACCAAUACAAUAUAAAUAGAUAAAAAAAAAAACUAGUAAUUGAUACUUUAAAAUUGAUAUAAUAAAAUUGUAUAAAAAUAAUACAUAAAAUAAAUAAUAUAUAUAUAUAAUAUUAUUGGAUUUUGAUAAUUUGAGUAUUAAGCAAUAUUAAUAUAUCUAAUAUAAUUUAAUACACUUUAUGUGAUGUUAUAUUAUUAUGUCUUCAAAUAGAUGAACAUUUGUUUAAUUAUUGAAACCCGUACAAAUAUUUUUUCUAAACAUCACAUGGAACACAUUUAAUUUAAUAUAAGUUAAUACAUAUGUAUUAUAAAUUAAAUAUAUAAAAGCUAAAUGUUUAGAGAAAAGAAAAGGAAAAAUGCAUAUUUCUGUUAAUAUAAAAUCCACAAUAUAAUAUAUUUUUAGGAGAUAUUAUGAUGAUGAAUCAUUACAUCACUUAAAAUGGAAAUUGAAAAUAUUGAUAGCGUAUUUUAAAAAAAAGUAAUAAAUAAUAAAGAAUUAAAUUUCUUUUAUGUUGAUGGUCCCAAAUUUUCACAAUAAAUUACAUUUCAACUUCUUUCGUCUGCCUUUCUCUUUACCUCGUCCAUUCGCUCCUUUGACAUCUUCCUUCUUGCGAGCACGAAUCUCACGCAUCAAGUCAAAAAAUACCUGUAAAUAUUUUAAACAGAUUUCAAUUUGUUAUAUUAGAAAAUAUUUUAAUUUUUCAAGCCAUAUACCUUAUCAACAUUAUCUCUUGUCUUAGCUGAUGUCUCGACAUAUGGCACACCCCAUUCUUGAGCUCUAGACUGAGCUUCGUUCAAUGACACUUUUCGUUUAUCUGUCAAAUCUCCUUUGUUACCCACUAAUAAAAAAGGUAUAUUAUCAUCGUUCUUCACUCGCAGAAUUUGUUCUCUAAAA